UCAACUGAAGUUUCUUCUGUCAGCUUCAUGAGGAGGCUAAAGAAAGUCCUCGAGAAUGAUAAACGUGUCCUCUAGGCUGAGCUUUGUCGAAGACUGCAACGGAAAAAGACAAAGAGAACCAAACGCCUUUUAAGUCUCAACAAUGCGGUUCAAACAAAGACGGCAGUGAUUUGUGGUGUCGGUGGUUUUCUCCGCUGCUCCUGUUAGCCAGGGCUGGGUCCCGUUACAGUUCUGAGUCGGCGGCUCGCCAAGAUGUCCAUGGAGGAGCAGGAAUAUCCCGACGCCGUGCUGGUGACAGAGGCCGGGCCACAGUGGCUGCAAGCCGAGGUGGAACGUCUUACCCGGGAGCUCCGUGAAACGACCCAUGAGAAGAUCCAGGCGGCUGAGUAUGGACUGGCGGUGCUGGAAGAGAAACAGCAGCUCAAGCAGCGAUUUGAUGAGUUGGAGACGGAGUACGAGACGGUCCGACAUGAGCUGGAUCAGCUGAAGGAGGCCUUUGGACAAGCCUAUUCAACCCAAAGGAAGGUGGCAGCAGAUGGGGAAAGCAGGGAAGAGUCACUGAUUCUGGAGUCUGCCAGUAAAGAGGCUAUCUACCAGCAAAAAGUCCUAGAGUUACAGAAUGAGCUCCGACAGGCCAAAGCCUCCCUCACCAGUGCACAGGCUGAAAAUGAUCGCUUGUCCUCCAUUGCCCUGGAGAUGAAAGAGAAUACAGAGCUGGCGGAGCUGCAGCGCAGUCAGCUACGUGAUGACAUCAGAGAGUACAAGGUGCGAGAGGCUCGGCUGCUGCAGGACUACAGCGAGCUGGAGGAGGAGAACAUCUCUCUUCAGAAGCAAGUGUCUGUGCUGAGACAGAACCAGGUGGAGUAUGAAGGUCUAAAACAUGAGAUUCGCCGUCUGGAGGAGGACUCCCAGUGCCUGCACAGCCAGCUGGAGGAAGCCAUGCGUCUGAGAGAAAUCGCUGAGCGACAGUUAACAGAGGCCUUAGAGACGAUUAAAACGGAGCGUGAGCAGAAGGCCAGCCUGCGCAAGCAGCUCUCCCACUACAUGACCAUUGGCGGCUCUGUGUACAACAGCUCUUUCAAUAUCUCCAUCGACAACCUGAAACUCCACGAGGAUCCCUCCACCAUCAGUGAGCCUGACAACGACGACCUAAUCAGAGGCUUCGAAAAUGGCUUGAUGAAGACGGCUGAAGGCGAUGACGACAACAGAGCUGCUGUGAACAAGAGAGGAGAGGCCUUUAAGCCGGCUCCCAGCCUGGUGGACGACCUGCUGAGCGAGCUCAACAUCUCUGAGAUCCAGAAACUUAAACAACAGCUUGUGCAGGUGGAGCGGGAGAAAGUGGCCCUGAUAAACUCUCUGCAGGAGACCCAGAAGCAGCUGGAACAGGCUUAUGGGACUGUGUCUGAGCAAAAGGAAACCGUCAACAGGCUGACUGAGAAUCUCAGCGCAAUGAGGAAACUUCAGGCCAGUAAGGAGCGCCAUUCUGCCCUCGACAGUGAAAAAGACAGAGACAGCCAUGAUGACGGAGACUACUAUGAGCUGGACAUCAACGGACCUGAGAUCCUAAAGUGUAAAUACACUGUGGCGAUGUCUGAAGCUGGGGAGUUGAGGCAGGAGCUGAAGACACUGAGGGCAGAGUACGAGAAUUGUCGAACCCGGUAUGAAGAUGAGCGAGCGCAGUUGGAGAGCGAUGUCCAGGACUUGAGGUCAAGGUUGGCGUCCCUAGAGAAGAUUAGCCAAGCAGACAAAGCGGAGGUGAUUCGUCUGGAGAAGGAGCUCCAUCUGGCCAGCAGGGCUGCAGGAGAAUCACUUGGCAGCCUUAACGUGGCCCAGGAUGAGCUCAUAGCUUUCAGCGAGGAGCUGGCCAAUCUCUACAACCAUGUGUGUAUGUGCAACAAUGAGACCCCUAACCGUGUCAUGCUCGACUACUACAAGGAAGGCAAGGUCAUGGUAAGAAGGGGGCAGGAGCAACAGUCUUUCAUUCUUAUCAGUAAUGAGCUGAUCCCUGGGACUGAACCUGGAAAGUCAGACUCCAGCAUCACCACAGUUUCCCCAGCUCCGGCCCCAGAGCACCGCCCAGAACCCAUGAACAUCUAUAACAUCGUAGCCAUCAUCAGGGACCAGAUCCUCCACCUUCAGCAGGCCGUAGACCGCACCACAGAGCUGUCACGCCAGAGACUUGCCAAUCUGGAGCUGAGCACAGUUGCAGACAAAGACAAAGAAGCUUGCAUGGCAGAGAUCCUGAAACUGAAGUCCCUGCUCAGCACCAAAAGGGAACAGAUAGCCACUCUCAGAGCUGUGCUGAAGGCCAACAAGCAGACCGCCGAGGUUGCUUUGGCCAACCUGAAGAGCAAGUAUGACAGUGAGAAGGCCAUGGUGACCGAGACAAUGAUGAAGCUCCGCAAUGAACUCAAGGCUCUGAAAGAGGAUGCUGCUACGUUCUCCUCUCUUCGAGCCAUGUUUGCUACAAGGUGUGAUGAGUAUGUGACCCAGCUGGAUGACAUGCAGAGGCAGCUGGCUGCUGCUGAGGAUGAGAAGAAGACCCUGAAUUCUUUGCUACGUAUGGCCAUCCAGCAGAAACUGGCCUUAACUCAGCGCCUGGAGGACUUGGAGUUUGACCAUGAGCAGGCAAGGCGCAACAGUGCCACAGCAGUGGGAGGCAAAGGCAAAAUAAAGGGCAAAGGAGCCGCUUCCAGCCAUCAUUAAAUCUAUCUGCCAGGUGGCCUUAAGGAGGUCUGUCACAGUGUCUGUGAGAGUCUGUGCUCCUGGGUUCUUCACUCUCUAAUCAUGGUCCAAAUCAUGUCAUUGCUUACACAAGAAAAUGUCCAACAGUAUUUGACAAGCGCCUUUUUAUUUUUUAGAGUGCCAAAAAACAAAAAUCUCUUAAGGUUCUGUCAAACCAGUGUGACUGCAGAAAGUAUGAGUCAUCACAUCAGCUGGACACUGCAGUCCUUCAGUCUUCCAACAAUGUACACCACUAUUAUUACUGAACCAGAGGAAAACUCAAGAUGAGUGUUUUGCUGAUUACUCAUUGCCUGUGUUACCCUGACUGAGCACUUUUUUUAUUCGCUCUUAGUUGAUUCCUCUUUCUGUUUUAAAGUCAUACUAAUUGUUUCAAGUUAUAUACAAUGUUUUACUGUGUGUGCACGCCAGGUUCUUGAUGACAUUUUCAAGUGAUUCAGCAUAUUUUUAUCCCUAUUUGUUUGAACAAAACCAGAGAUUAUGUGGUAAUUAUUUUUAAAGCAGUACUUUCAACAAACUGGUUGAAAUCAAACAAGAGACAAAUAAGCUUUUCUACCAUAGUUGUUUUCCUUUUGGCCUUAGAUUAAGUGGUGCCUUUCUGAUUUUUGAUAACCAUGUCUCCUGUUUAGCUCAUUAAAACAUAAAACAAUACUUUUUUUUUUCAAUGUAUUCAAUUUAUAUGAUCCUGCAGAUACGGAGCUUCAAGUUCAGGGUCUUAACUAAAUUUUGUAUGACUGAGUUCCUCCUCUGUGGACAUGGCAGAGCUGUUACAAAUUUCUGUAUGCUUAUUAUGACUGAGGAAGAGUAUUAAUGCAAACCUUAUUUAAAGAUUUCUAAGUUAAGGUCAGAUGUUAAUAGUAUUCAUAAACUUUAUUCAUGAAGGAGAGUCUGUAAUGUAAUUGUUUUAAUACAAUUUUUUGUAAACUGUUUGAAAAUCCAUUGUCUGCAAACAAUAAGCCCACAGUGCCAUUUUGUGUCGUGUAUACAAGUGCAAUUUGCAAACAUGGCAAAAAAUGUUGAUGCGUUGUAAAAAAAAAUAUUUUACACAUUGUCGCUCACAUUCUUGGUCCUAAUUGAUUUUUAUAUGUUUUUACUAUAACUGCAAUUAUAUUUAUUUGACACUGCUCAGACUACAGGAUGUCACCAUCCUUUUCGUUUCAUAAGGGAGUUUGAGUGGAGGUGGCUGCUCAGAAUUUCAAGAAGACUAAACUGUGGUAAGACGCUCAGAAUUCAUAACUGUUGGCUACUGUCUUUGCUUCCAGUUGUGGCUGGCGAGGAAAUAAAUCUAACUUUCACAA